AUGGCUGCGGGUAGUAGCCGGGGCGGCGGUGCUGGGGGCGUCGUUCCCCACUACGAGGACGAAGCGUCGGCGACGCACACCCAGGUUUUCCACGCGGCCUCUUUUGGGGCCGCUUGGAGGGAGGCGCUGGGCCCGCAAGACCUGAGUCUGCAGGAGGCGGCGCCUGGGGACGAGGAGGCCGCGGUAGCCGAGGAGUUCCGCUGCCCUCUGGACGUCGCGUCCCAGCUGAGGGCUGUGUGCAGCAUUGAUGCAUUAAAGAGCCCUGAUAAAGAAGACACAGAAGAAAUACCUGAAGACUCCAAUCUGGUCACUCUCAUAAUUAGGAAGAAGGCCCUGGAGAGGAGAGAAGAAACGCUCGUUAUAGAUCGUGCAGGUAGACUAGAAACAUUUAGUCAUGAGAUGGAAUCUCAUGCAAUUGGAAAGAGGCCCGAGGAUCCCGUAAACUUAGUCAAGGAGGGAGAGCUUGUUUUAACCCUCAAUAUUUUCUAUCCAGUUAUAUUUCAGAAGCAUAAGACCCGCAAGCCGUAUCAGACGAUGCUGGUUCUAGGCAGCCAAAAACUCACCGAGGUCAGAGAUUCAAUUUCCUGUGUCAGUGACCUUCAGAUUGGUGGGGAGUUUAGCAGUCAUCCUGACCUAGCACCAGAACAUAUCAGUAAGGAUCUUUACAAGUCUGCCUUUUUUUAUUUUGAGGGCAUUUUUUACAAUGACAUGAGGUACCCAGAGUGCAGAGACCUGAGCAGGACGAUUACUGAGUGGGCGGAAUCUCGAGAGAGAGGCUACACUAAUCUUCAAGCUGCUAAUAUGGAAGACUACACAUUUAACAAUUUGAACAUCAAAGUUGGCUUCCCGUACCUUUACUGCCACCAAGGAGAGUGCGAGCACAUAGUUAUUAUCACAGAUAUCAGGUUAAUUCAUCAGGAUGACUGUCUAGAUAGGAGCCUUUAUCCCUUGUUAACCAAGAAACAUUGGCUGUGGACCAAGAAAUGCUUUGUAUGCAAAAUGUACACAGCCAGAUGGGUGACCAACAAUGACAGCCUUGCUCCUCAAGAUCCUUCAUUCUUCUGUGACACUUGUUUCCAAAUGCUCCACUAUGAUGCAGACGGCAACAAGUUAGGACAGUUUCUUGCUUACCCUUAUGUCGAUCCAGGGAUUUUCAACUGAGACUUGUCAAAGAGCAAGACAACAGAACUGUUCUAUAAUCUGCUUCAGUAGCUGCUGGAACGUGAAACUUCAAAUAGUACAACUAAGCAGUGGCCCUUUUUGUCUUUUUUAGAACAUAAU